GAGCGUACGUCACAGGUUGUUUUUUUUGCCGUGACUGAGAAAAGGGGGGCGGGGAGAAGGGGGUAAAAAUUAGUUCGUUCCGAUGUGUGUGUUUUUUACGGGCAGCCAGGGAGAUGUUUAUGCAGCCAAAACCCUGAGGUAAAGUGAUAGCCGAGCAAUUCCGCGGGGAGGAGGUGGUGGCAGGGUUUCCUUCCAUCAGGGGGCAGCCGGUACAAUGGCGAGCUCGCCCAAUUAUUACCACCAGGAGCAUUUACUACUACGCCGACACUACAACAACAGAGGGGACAAUGAAAACAACAGACGCGCCGGAGAUACGGCUGCCAGGAGAAGGACAGUGACAACGGCGGUGACGACAACAGCAGCAGCAGCAGCAACAACAACAACAACAACACACACGCCGUCGGUACCGCCACCGUCGUCGCCGGCGACAACGGUAAGAGGUGGACACGCGCCGGAGUCGGCGCCGCGCGACAGGCUCGCCGCCAACAACAACAACACGGUUCGGCUCGAGCUCGGAGUUCAGGCGCCUCCGCCGCGCGAGGCAGCGGCGGCUUCGGCUUCCAAUGCGCGCGAGCCGCUGGCGGCCGGCGGCGGCGAUGACGGCGGGGGCGCGCGGGAGCCGGUGGUCCCCGCGGCGCGAGCGGCGGCCGCCGCCACCGCUACCACCUCCACCUCCACUACUAUGGACGGUUACGAGGACGUGAAAAAGCACGGUUACUUGAGGAAGCAGAAGCAUGGUCACAAGCGCUUUUUCGUACUGAAGGGCCAGAGCCACCUGGGUCCGGCUAGGCUGGAGUACUACGACAGUGAGAAGAAAUGGAGGAACCGGUCGACCGCCCCGAAGAGAGUCAUCCCCCUCUAUCAGUGUUUCACGGUCAGUCGGAGAGCAGACGCCAAAAGCAAGUACCUGAUAGCCCUGUACACAAAAGACGAAUACUUUGCCAUGGUGGCAGAGAACGACCAAGAACAAGAGAGCUGGUAUUUGGCCAUAAGUGAACUAAUGAAUGAGGGGAAGAAGACGGUUAUGGAUCCUGAUGAAGUGGAAGAAAACUAUGGCAAUUUUACCCCCGGUACUGUUUUUAAGGAAGUGUGGCAGAUUAAUGUGAAGCCAAAAGGGUUAGGGCAAACUAAGAACCUGACUGGGGUGUACAGGCUGUGUCUUUCCAGCAAGAUGAUCCAUUUUGUUAAAAUCAAUUCUGAUGUGCCUUCUGUGCAUUUGCAGUUGAUGAACAUCAGGAGGUGUGGCCAUUCUGAGAACUUCUUCUUUAUUGAGGUGGGGCGUUCUGCUUCAAUUGGCCCUGGUGAAUUGUGGAUGCAGGUAGAUGACUCCGUGGUAGCUCAAAACAUGCAUGAAACCAUUUUGGAGACGAUGAAAGCUUUAAAAGCUUUUGCUGAGUUUCGUCCCAGAAGUAAAAGCCAAUCCUCUGGAACUAAUCCCAUAUCAUUUUUGACUCGGAGACACCUUGGUAAUUUGCCGCCUAGUCAGACUGGAUUGCAGAGGCGUUCUAGAACAGAGAGUGUGACUGGGACUUCGGCAUCCAAAAAUGAGGCGUACCGUUUUCGAACAUCUAGUGAAGGUGAAGGUACAAUGACAAGGCCAUUUGGGUCUGUAACUGGAAGUUUAAUCCACUUAAAUUCUGCAAGAAUGGGCUUAAGUAGGGGAGAUGGGGGUAGUAGGUAUGUAAAGCCACCAUUUGGCCCUUCAAACCAUAGUAGGUCAGUAUCUCUGCCAGUGACAUACCUCCCAUCUACCACAAGCCCUGUAAGUGUUUCUUCCAGUAGCGGACAUGGUUCAGCAUCUGAUCCCCUCACUCGUCCAUCAAGUUCAUCUAUUUGUGGCUCCCCAAGUGAUGGUGGGUUUAUUUCCUCUGAUGAAUAUGGAUCUAGUCCUGGGGAUUUUAGGUACUUCCGGGUUCGGAGUAAUACACCAGAUUCACUUGGUAAUACGCCACCAAUUCAAGAAGAAAGUUGUUUGUGUGAUUACAUCUCAAUGGACAGACAUAUUAAUGCUGUAAAUCCUGAAAGCAGAAUACGAGAUGACUACAUGAUUGCUGAGAAAGGAUACAGAAAGAGAACCCAUUCUCUAACCACCCCUGGUGCAGUGAUUAUGCAUCAAAAGACUACGCAGACAACUUCAUCUUUGGAAGAGUCUAAUGUUGAUUCAAACUAUGGGGGUAUUGGUAAUCAGCUCUCAUGUUCUGCAUCACCAAAGUUGACCUGUAAUCCUUACCAUGGAGAUUAUAGUGAUGUUGAGAUUGGGUCAUCAGUUAACCAAAGCCAAAAUAGACAAAGAGAUGAUGGUUAUAUGCCAAUGAUGCCUGGAGUUGCAUCUGCCAGCCAUAAUAGAAAUCAUGAUUAUAUGCCAAUGAAUUUUAAAAGCAUGUCUGCUCCAAAACAAAUUAUUUCUUUGCCGAUAAGUCAAAUGGACUCCAGGGGAUACAUGGUGAUGUCCCCGAAUGAUAGCAGCUCUCCAGUGCGAAGCAUGUUUACAGAAUAUAGUUCCAAACUAUUGAGCAGCAACAAUGAAAAGUUAUCAAAUAGUGACUAUAUGGACAUGUCCCAAAGAAAUCUAAAUACACGGAAAUUAUCUAGUGAUGUUUUCUAUAAUCACAAUAGCCCUGAAUCUCAAAAGUCUUACAGCUCGUAUUAUUCACUGCCUCGAUCAUUCAAAACUCCUUCACAAGAAAACGGUGAGCAUGAUGAAUAUGUUCCUAUGUGUUCACCAGGAAGGUUGAUGUAUGGUGAGGCAUCAUUGUUUACUGGCAGUAUUACCAACAGUGGUUUAAUUCAUGAGACAUCUCAUUCUCCAAGGACACUUAGCCAAGGUGAUCGUGUUGUACAGAAAGGCAGGGUUGAAAGACCUACAAGAUUAUCACUGGGCAUGCCGGAAGUAAACAGUUUACCACGACUGUUUGAGCAGAGUUUGCCGCCUGAGCCAAAAAGUCCUGGAGAAUAUAUUAAUAUUGCUUUUAGUGAGAAAAUUAGUAAUACGCCAUACUCACUUUCAGCAGAAGGAUCCCCUUCUUCUCUUGGCUCCAGCAGUGAGCAUCGACGCUCCCCAUUGUCAGACUACAUGAGUGUGGAUUUGGAUGUACAGUCACCAAAACCAGCUACUCUUUCCUCAAAUUCUUUGACUGGUAUACCCAUUGUUUCAAGUUCAAGUGUAACUAGAAGCCAGCCAAAUGAUGCCUACAUCAGUGUUCCUCUUGGUGCUGCUUGUGUCAACACGCCUGCGGAGGUAGAUGAUUACACAGAAAUGACUUUUAAUUUGGCGGUAACAGCCACUCCUUCUGCUUCGCCAAAGCCUGACAGUGCAGAGUUGGCUAGUCCUACUGACAUUGUAAAGCGUUUGUGUAUUAUUGAUCAGUAUCCUAGUAUAAAUACCUUUCCUGUCCUCAAUCCUCCCCCUGAAGCCAAUCAUGGUCCAAAGGUGAUCCGUGCUGACCCACAAGGAAGAAGGCGCCACAGUUCGGAAACAUUCUCCUCAACACCCUCAGUGGCAUCCUCGUCUCCUUUUUUUGCUGAUGGGAGUAAAAGGCACAGCUCUGCUUCAUUUGAUAAUGUUUGGCUUAAACAAAAUGAUGUCAGUGAUGAACACAGAAGUACCAUGUGCAGGAAUACAUCUGCAGGAUUUCAGAAUGGAUUGAACUAUAUUGCUUUGGACUUGAGGGAGGAUCACGGAUGUUGUGAACCGAAUGGAGGUGUGCAGACUUCAGACCGACCCCACGUUGCCAACAGAAUAGAUUCUGGAGGCUAUGCCAGCAUAGAUUUUACCAAAUCUGAUGGGUUGAAAUAUACCUCUACAUCUGAAGAUUAAUUACACCAACAUGAUUAAAAUCCAUGUCAACAGAGGAAAGGAUUGAAUGUACCUUUUCCCAUGGUACUUACCAUGCAAUUGUACAACCUACUAGAUGGAACUGGUACUGUCUGAAGCAGUCAAACUUUGCAAGAAUACACACAUCUGCUAUUUUCCCAUGAACAAGGUUGGGAAAUGUCAACACAUGAAUCUCAACAGGACAAGGACAACAAAUUUCUGCCUUUUUGGUACUUCCUUCAACAAAAAGACACUCUUCCUACAAGUUUCAGCUCAGCAAAAAAGAAAAAAAAGAGCCAUAGCUAAUGUGAACCUAUUUACUGAAACUUUUUAAAUCCAUUUGAAUGUUAACAAAGUAGUUAAAUGUUCACCAUUUUUGCAAAACAUUUCACAAAUAUGUUAAAAAAUCUUUUUAUUGAUGUUCCCCAGUUCAGGCACUAAUGGGCUUUCUUCGAUAGUGCCGCGUGGAGUUAAGAAAACAAAAUGAUUUGUAAGAAAUAUUACAAUCAUUUGUGGAACAUAAUGCAUGUUCUGUGGGGAUAUUUAAGAUUGUUCUGUUUUACUAUGCACCCAGAUAUGUUAUUUUGAAAGGGUAGCAAUUUUGGGAAAAAUACUUCUUACAAAGGACUAACAAGUUUUAUAGAUCACUUGUUUAAGUUUCACACCUUUGGAAAAUCAAGAAAGUGUAGUUCAGCAGAUCCCUCAGCUUCUCAGACCAGCUGUAUAUAGUUCAUUGCUUUCUUCUUUUUUAACUUGUGCUGUUUAAAGGCAGUCAUGUUGGAAAUCUUCUGUGGCCUUGAGCCAAGUAGGCCAAAUUAUUAAACCUCGUGAAUGUAGUAUAGGUUGACACAAAGUUCAGACUUCUGUGGGCAAGCUAUCUACUCUUGUCAGGUCAAACAAGGAAAAUAUUUGUAAACCCAUUGAAAAGUUUAUUUUAUCAGGUAUUUGAUAUGUUCACAAUGUCAUUUAUGCCUCGACUUUGCUAAGACACUUUUCCUGUUUAAAAGCUGCUUUAUUUCACUUUUUAAAUCUAUAGUGUUGUUGCUGGCUUUUGAUCUGCAUAUGCAUUAUGUCAAUGCAAAUGAAAAUCCACUGUCAGUAUCUCUGACAGAAUUAACCAUUCAGGAAUGUGCAGAUUGCAUUCUCCCUAAAGGCUUAUCAUGGUGCAUGAUUUUAAAAAGUAGACAUUGACAUUUACACUUUUCCUCCUUGCUGUUCUCUGGGUUUGUUAAAAUUUUUGUGACACUGCCUUUGUAAUAACACAUAUCUCCACAUCCUCUUCUACACAACUGCAGAGGGAAUGAUGCCAAAUAUAGUCAUCAAUAGUGAUUUUCUUUUCUGUCCCUUGAUUUAAUCUACUUGCUGUACAGUUUGAGUUUAAUUUGGCUAGUGAGUGUGAUUUUUGUCUCUGCCUCCCAACAAUAUUUUUUGUCCAAACCAUAGCAAGGAGCAUUUGUUUUCCUGUGGGUACAGUUUUGGACAGCUUAAGUUGAGGUUUUUCCCCCUAUUUUAUAUUGAACAGAAAAACGUGAAAAGGUUUUAAAAAUGUUUGUAUUUUGUGUUAAAGAAUGUAGCUUUAAUUACUGGUAUGUGAUGGACUAUAUUUAUUCUGGGUUAGAGGGGUUAAUUUUGGUUCCAAAUAAGACUACCCAAACUUCAUUGUAGUCAGAAGUACUGUUUAUGAAAUCACAUAAGCAGUACUUUCAAUAAAGGGCAUAAUUGAAAAGGAACUUCAGUCUACCCUGUAACAUUAGUCAUAAGAGUUAUGGACAAUACAAAUGUGCCACACCUUAACAUGGGGAUUCAAAGGUACUGGAUGCAACCCUGAUUGUUGUAACAUUUAUUAUCAGAUUCAUGGAAUUUAUUGAGUGGUUCACUAAAGUUUACUGCAGAUUUUCUCCUAUUUUAUAUUUUCCUGAACAAUUGAGAUGGUGUUUAUUAUUUAUGGUACCAACAGUUUAUGGACUGUAGUACUACCCUUCAACAGUGUUAAUCUAGUAGAAGAUGUGAUGAAUGCUGGCUGCUUUUAACAGUGGUCUAAGUAAUCAGUGAUAUUCUCACUGCACAAAUUGCUCCAAACUACAGGAUUUAGUAUUCAGUUCAAUUGGUCUAUCUGUCUUUCAUAAAUUCUUAGAUUGUACUUUAAAAAUCAUCAAUUUUCUAAUGUUGUUUCUGAAAAACAAAACAGAAGGUCUUUAUUAAAUCCAACUAAUCUAAGCCGUCAGAAUACGAAGGUGUAUAACUUUGUCUUUGGUUGCUAGUGCUAAAAAGACACUAAAUAUCUUUUGCCCAUUGUAAAUGUUACUUAGUUCACAUUAAAUCAGUAGCUCCUAUUUGAUAUGUUUCAUCAAAGAACAAUUUCAUACCCAUGGUUUUUCACUGAUGGAUAAGUCUGAAUAAACACUAAAGCAUUGUGUUUGUCCUGUUGAAGGUGAUUGCAUUGAAUUUUUUUAUUAUUAGGUAUAUUUUUAAUUUACCACACAACAUAUGGACAGGAGAAUGGGUGG